CGGUAUGGACUCUUCACCACGGGGGGAGGUGCUGUACGUCCAAGAUGGCGGCGCCCUGUAGGCUGGAGGAGCUGUGAGGUAAACAGCUGAGGGGGAGGAGACGGUGGCGACCAUGAGAGACACCGGGUUGACCGCGCUGGAAACUGAAAUAUCAAUUGUCCCCAGAACAGUCUGGUAGUGGCCCUGAUGAAGAGCUUCCUGAGCCUUUAAUGCACAUCCUGGAGCUGGCGCAGUGCAUCUGUGGAAGAGAAUGGCCCAGCCGGCGAAUGUCGGGGAGCUCCUCUCCAUGCUGGAUUCGCCCAUGCUGAGUGUGCGGGAUGAUGUAACAGCCGUCUUCAGAGAGAGCCUCAACUCUGACCGAGGUCCUGUGCUUGUGAACACCUUGGUGGAUUAUUACCUGGAAACCAAUUCGCAGCCGGUGUUGCACAUCCUGACUACCUUGCAAGAACCACACGACAAGCACCUCUUGGACAAAAUUAAUGAGUAUGUGGGCAAAGCCGCCACUCGCUUAUCCAUCCUGUCCCUGCUGGGGCAUGUCAUAAGACUGCAGCCGUCAUGGAAACAUAAGCUGUCUCAAGCACCUCUUUUGCCUUCUUUACUAAAAUGUCUCAAGGUGGACACAGAUGUCGUCGUCCUAACAACGGGCGUCUUAGUGUUGAUAACCAUGCUACCGAUGAUUCCACAGUCUGGGAAACAGCACCUUCUCGAUUUCUUUGAUAUUUUUGGUCGUCUCUCAUCAUGGUGCCUGAAGAAACCAGGCCACGUGACAGAAAUCUACCUUGUCCACCUCCACGCCAGUGUCUAUGCGCUUUUUCAUCGCCUCUAUGGGAUGUACCCUUGCAACUUUGUCUCCUUUCUGCGUUCUCACUACAGUAUGAAGGAAAACUUGGAGACUUUUGAAGAAGUGGUCAAGCCGAUGAUGGAGCAUGUGCGGAUUCAUCCGGAAUUGGUGACUGGAUCCAAGGACCAUGAACUGGACCCUCGAAGGUGGAAGAGAUUAGAAACUCAUGAUGUUGUAAUAGAGUGUGCCAAAAUAUCUCUGGACCCUACGGAAGCCUCGUAUGAAGAUGGCUAUUCUGUGUCUCAUCAGAUCUCGGCCCGCUUUCCUCAUCGUUCAGCUGAUGUCACCGCCAGCCCUUAUGCUGACACACAGAAUAGCUAUGGGAGUGCUACUUCUACCCCGUACUCCACCUCUCGGCUGACGUCAACUGCGCCAGGGCAGCUACCUCAGACUCUGAGCUCCCCCUCUACACGGCUAGCAGCUGAGCCGCCACAAGCUACUCUCUGGAGCCCAUCGAUGGUUUGUGGUAUGACCACCCCUCCAACUUCUCCUGGAAAUGUCCCACCUGAUUUAUCACACCCCUACAGUAAAGUCUUUGGUACAGCUGGUGGAAAAGGAACUCCUUUGGGAACCCCAGCAACCUCUCCCCCUCCAGUCCCAGUCUGCCAUUCAGAUGACUACGUGCACAUUUCACUGCCCCAGGCCAUCGCCACGCCCUCCAGGAAGGAAGAGAGAACAGAUUCUACAAGGCCAUGUCUACACCGGCAACCACACCUUCCAAACGACAAAGGAUUAGAAGAGCUACCUGGCAGCAAAGGUUCUGUCCCUCUGAGUGACCUUCCAGCAUUUUUAGGUGAUCUGGCCUCUGAAGAAGAUAGUCUUGAAAAAGAUAAAGAAGAAGCGGCAAUAUCUAAAGAACUGUCUGAGAUCACUACAGCGGAGGCCGAGCCAGUGGGUCCUCGAGGAGGCUUUGACUCUCCCUUCUACCGAGACAGUCUCCCAGGGUCUCAGCGGAAGACCCAUUCAGCAGCCUCUGGUGUCCAGGUCACCAACGUGAACCCUGAGCCUUUACACUCCUCCCUGGACAAGCUCGGCCCUGACACACCAAAGCAAGCCUUUACCCCCAUCCACCCACCCACUGGUGGUGCUGAUGAAAGUCCUGCCAGGGACAGGGGACACCAGACUUCUCGGGAGACCAGUAUCCUCACUCCCAGCCCUUGUAAAAUUCCACCUCAGAGGGGAGUAGGCUUCGGAAGUGGUCAGCCUCCCCCCUACGAUCAUCUUUUUGAGGUGGCAUUGCCAAAGACUGCCCAUCAUUUUGUCAGCGAGAAGACCAAGGAACUGUUAAGGAAAGUGAAAGGAAGCGUGGAGGAAGACUACGUGCCUUCCACCUCCCCGAUGGAAGUACUGGACAGACUGGUACAGCAGGGAGCAGACGCACACAGCAAGGAGCUCAGCAAGCUAUCUUUACCCAGCAAGUCUGUGGACUGGACCCACUUUGGAGGCUCUCCUCCUUCAGAUGAGAUCCGCACCCUCCGAGACCAGUUGCUUUUACUGCACAACCAGUUACUGUACGAGCGUUUUAAGCGGCAGCAGCACGCUGUCCGGAAUAGGCGGCUCCUCCGCAGGGUGAUCAAGGCCGCGGCCCUGGAAGAGCACAAUGCUGCCAUGAAAGACCAGUUGAAGUUACAGGAGAAGGACAUCCAGAUCUGGAAGGUCAGUCUGCAGAGAGAGCAGGCCAGGUACAGUCAGCUCCAGGAGCAGCGUGACACCGUGGUGACCCAGCUCCACAGCCAGAUCAGACAGCUGCAACACGACCGUGAAGAAUUCUACAACCAGAGCCAGGAAUUACAGACGAAGCUGGAGGACUGCAGGAAUAUGAUUGCCGAGCUGCGGCUGGAACUGAAGAAGGCCAACAACAAGGUGUGCCACACCGAGCUGCUGCUCAGCCAGGUUUCUCAGAAGCUCUCCAAUAGCGAGUCAGUCCAGCAGCAGAUGGAGUUCUUGAACAGGCAGCUGUUGGUUCUCGGGGAGGUCAACGAGCUGUAUUUGGAGCAACUUCAGAACAAGCACUCGGACACCACGAAGGAAGUAGAAAUGAUGAAAGCUGCAUAUCGAAAAGAACUAGAAAAAAACAGAAGCCAUGUUCUCCAGCAGAAUCAGAGGCUUGAUACCUCCCAGAAGCGGAUUUUGGAACUGGAAUCUCAUCUGGCCAAGAAAGACCACCUCCUUUUGGAACAGAAGAAGUAUUUAGAGGAUGUCAAGCUCCAGGCAAGAGGACAGCUGCAGGCUGCAGAGAGUAGGUAUGAGGCUCAGAAGAGGAUCACUCAGGUGUUCGAGUUGGAGAUCUUAGACCUAUAUGGCAGGCUGGAGAAAGAUGGCCUCCUGAAGAAACUUGAAGAGGAGAAAACAGAAGCAGCUGAGGCAGCCGAAGAAAGGCUUGACUGUUGUAAUGAUGGCUGCUUGGAUUCCAUGGUAGGGCACAACGAAGAGGCAUCUGGCCACAAUGGUGAGACCAAGACCCCCAAGCCCAGCAGCACCCGGGGCAGUGGUGGCAGUAGAGGAGGUGGAGGCAGCAGCAGCAGCAGCAGCGAGCUCUCGACCCCGGAGAAACCCCCACACCAGAGGGCAGGCCCGUUGAGCAGUCGGUGGGAAACCACCACAGGAGAGCAUGCCACCAGCAUCCCCACGACUGUCGGCUCACUUCCCAGUUCAAAAAGCUUCCUGGGCAUGAAGGCCCGAGAGUUAUUUCGUAACAAGAGUGAGAGCCAGUGUGACGAGGACAGCAUGACCAUCAGUAGCCUUUCCGAGACCUUAAAGACAGAACUGGGCAAAGACUUGGAUGUGGAGGCCAAGACUCCCCUGAACCUGGAUGGCCCGCUCCCAUCUCCCCUGAACCCGGACAGUGUUGGACAGCUCCGUAUCAUGGACUACAACGAGACUCAUCCUGAACACAGCUAAGCAUGGGGGUCAAUCAGUGUUAACUCACACAUCGUCAGCAUGGAGCGGGGCUGAGCGUGGCAGAGGGUGCUCCUGGCCCAGGGUCCGGGUGGCUUGCUUACGUGGUGGAAGUGGGAUGCAGGUCCUUUUGGCAGCUGGCGGGACGCAGUACGGUUUCUGGAUCUGACAUUGAAAUUCCUCUUAACCCUUCCCCUCAGCCCACCCCAAACCUCUCGUUUACCCCCCAGUGUGUGCUCAAGCGAGGGCCAGUCUGCAUUCCUCGGUAGCUGUAUUUUCUUUCUCCCCCACAAUGGUUGCAUCCUUUGAUCCUGUGCAAUAUGAGGCCAAAUUGAAUCUUUGAGUCUAACAUGCCACUUUCUCCUUCCUCAAGCUCAGAUAACUGAGUGGGCUCUCGGUUAGACCAGGUAGCUGGUGGCAUUGCAGGUAAGUCUGGUUUUGUCCCUUCAGGGAUGAUGUGGCCUGCAAAGUAGAUUGCCUUUAUUUGGAAGCUUUUACAUCAGACUUUGCACUGCUUUUCGGUUCUGAAGUUCAGCACCUAAAGCAGCAGAUGGGGAAAACAAUGGUUUAUUCAUUCUUUGUGGUCUCUCAGCAGUUCUGAUAAGCUUCCUGGGAUGUUCUGUGUGAACAGACUCUGGUUGUCUCAAAAGCUGGGGUGAGUGCUGGAGACCACUCUUGCCCACUAGGAGCGUUCUGUCCUCCCCCCUCUACCUCUUAUUUAUUUGGUGUUUGCUUGAAUGCUGGUACUUUCUGACCAUGGGUGGGAGUGUAGGUGGUAGGACCAUUCUCUGCAGGAGGCAAGGGCCGCCCCUUGAUGAAGUCAUGCAGGAGCGCUGGCAGGACAGCUCCCCCUCUAGGCUGUGUCCAUCUAGCUGAGCUCUGGGCAAGCCCGGUCUACCUGCCUUCCCAGGCUCAUAUUCAGCCUCUCAUUCUGUCGCUACAGCAGAAAGGCUCGAAGGCCCAGAGUUUCUUCCCUGCCCAUGACUGUCACUCCUGUUAGGGCUGCCUCACGGAAGUGUGUUCUGGGCCACAAAAAGGCAGCAGCCAUUUCCAUGCCAGUCCCACCUUCCAGGGGCUACUCUCUGGGGAGCAUGGCAUUGCCACACUCCCUGUUAGUGAAGGCAGAGCAGUUUAAAGCAGGGUAUAGGAGACCGUUGCUGGGGGCUGACUGCCUGUGCCCACUAGAGGUGACACCAGUCACAACACUGCUGGUGGUGGAGACCGCAGACUCGAAAAUGCUCCUGAAAUAAAUGCUAGGAGCCUCAGAGUUGUUGCCUGGUGUCCUCGCUGUGGCACGAGAGACAGGGCAGGGAUGAGCUCGUGAACUUGGUUUUCUUGUGUCUGUUCUUCCACUGAAAAGAAUAAAAGGGCCUAGCCAUGAGGAAAAAGAAGCUGUUAUGGUACGGAAUCUCACUGCACGGGGAAGCUUUCAGCAAGGCAGGGUAAAAGUCUUUCUCUUAUUUAAAUGUGGCAAUAAAUACUCCAGCAUCCCUAACCGAAGGGAACCAGAUAGUCAGGCUCCAGUCCCAGUGGCUGUCCUUCCAGGGCUGGUUUGGGGCAGGAUUUCUGAGUGUGGCUGACUGAUUCCCAGCCUGUAAGAGGGCAUGUCCCCAACUGCUCUCAGCCCAGCCAGGAUGUGGAGUAUUGGUGACGCCACAAGUUUAGUUCAGCUUCGUCCAAAGUCCAGUAUGUCCAGUUUCCUGGCUCAGUUUUAGAAAAGGAGAACAUGAACAAAUGCAGAAAGGGAAAGAAGUGUUAUAGAUUAGCUGUUGAAGCCUGUUUCAGGUACUUUUCCCCUCUCCAAGCCCGAAAUCUGUGCCACCGAACAAAGGCACCAGGUAUAGAAACCAAAGCCCAGUUCUCUGUAACUGGCAAAGGCGAGGAGGCCCAGCCAGAAAAGGAAAGUAUGUUCAAGUGGACAGAUUGUGAAUGCACAGGGGACAGGGCAGCAGUGGCAGUAAAACAGACGAGGCCCAGACCGGAGGCCUCCGACAGUGUCUGCCUGGGCCUCGGCCUGCUCCCCCAGCCUGGGCGUCUCCCAGGUGAACCCAGGCUUAGGUUCCUCUGCGCUCCAGGCGGCCAUGGGUUUGAGACACCUAAUGUUAGGGACCGGAAACUGGAGUCCUGCCUAAAAAUGUGUGCUUUUAUGUGGCAAAGAACUCCAGAGUCAAUAACAAGGUUUUGUUUUGAAAGCGAUAAACCUGCCGGGAGUUAGCUGGUCACUUGAGUGUGCCACAGUGGAUAAUUUUAUUUAUUUAAAAAAUGUUGCUAUCAGAUGUGCAUGCUCACCGCAGAGAGAUACACACACAGAAAGGCAUCGUGAGAAAGUACCCCCCAGGGGAUGACAGUCCUCCCGGGAUUUGGGGCACACACAGACACACGCCCAGUGUGUUUUUCAAAGCCAGUAGGUCUGGAACCGUAACUGCGCGAUCAGCCAUGUGGGGUUCAGCACCUUAACUCCGUGCCACCGGCCAGCCGUGGGUAGUUUGGAGCAUGGAAAGUGAUAGAAGACCCCUGAGAGCAGCUCAGGCCUGGGCAAGGGUGCAGAGCGCGUGCUCUGGGCAGAGCCUGGCUCAGGACUGGUUGAGCAGCUCGGCGUUUAUUUAUUUGUUGGGAUUUGGAUAGCCUCUGUCCAAAACCGCUCUGAGCAAGCAUGCCUGCCUCUCAGCGGUUUGACCAUGGGGGUGCCCCACUCAGCUUCCCAUCUGGCACCAACCAGGGCCAGCGUAGGCCCCCACGAGACUGGAGCUGCUGCUUGUGCCACGCAGCGCUGUCCAAACAGGGACACUGCGGCUUGAUGUGGGGUGAGGGCUAUGGGGUGGGAAGAGGAAAUAAGAUUAAAAGAGAGUGAGUUUUUGGAUCUACUGCAGGUAAAUAAGCACACAGAUAGAGCUUUUUAAAAAGCUUUUGAUAACGCUCUGCCAGAAAGUCUUUAAAAAUUGUUACUAUGGGAUCAGAAGAACUCGCGGUCAUGGAAUAAAGAGCUGAUGGAAACGCAAGGCAGGAGGGCAAGGCCACUCCUUGGAUGGAGAACUUUAUAGGUAUCCUUGGGAAUGCGUGCCUGGUGGGACCUGCAUAAGGCGGGUGGGUGGUGGGGAGCUCUCUAGGUUUGUCGACACUGUUUAGGAAGAGAAAGUGCCUACCCUUGGGGGAUAAGCUGUGGAAGGUUGUCACUAGGCUGUGUGAGUGGAGAGGUGACAGGUGAGCCACCUCGUGAGCCAGCAUUUGUGUGAUGUGGUUUGGGGGAUGAGUCCACACUGGUUCUAGAAGGUGGACAAUUACAACUCAGGAGAAGGUCCUGGAAGCUGCUGGCAGUUAGAAAAAUUAGCCCUCCACGCUGCUGUGACCAGAAGGGCCAGCAUAUCCAUGGGAAAAGCAGGAAACAGGGACCUGAACCCUAGACCCUGGGCUGUACCCCUGUGCCACAGCGUGUGUAGUUCUGGUGUUUUUGUCAAGAAAGCUCAAACUGUAGCAUUUGCUCAGAAGAGGAUACGUGAGUGGGUCACGGGGAUGGCGAGUCUCCGAGCUGGAGCACGUAGGUGCCGACCCCAGGUGAGGAUAGGAGACGGCGUGUGUUUCUGUGCAGAGCCGAGCACAGUGACUAGCCAGUGCAAAUUCCUGCCAGGUGCUAGAACACACCACGUGAAGGCAGGAAGGAAGAACUAAGGACAAACGAAGGUGCCGCGUGACUAUGCUCACUUCCUCUGAGAGCAUUGAGAGGCCAGGAAAGUGCCCAGGCUGGAGGGGGGUCUGGCAGAGCGAAGGCUCGGUCCAGUCCGGGCUGUGGUGGGGAUGGAGUAAUGCCCACCCUUUGCCGAUGCUCGGAGGCAGCCUGGGGGCCGCCUCACCCCGAGCGCCUCAUCGGGGAGGAAGCUGCUGUGCACUGACCCCGGCGGGCACACUUCCUCACCCUCCAAGCCACAAGCUUUAAAAUGGUCCUGCUGUGAGUGCUGGGCAGGGUCCAGCCUGAGAUGUUCGUGUAUCUGUUUACGACCAGUCUGUGACAAAUGGCCCCUGCCCCCAGGAUCGCUGCAGAGUAAUUGCGCAUGAUUACGCUUUUUCUCUGUAGGUAAAAGAACAAAUUUAGGUUGGAGACUGUCCCUAGGCUGCUGCUGUGACCCUUGUCCCCUGUGGCUCGUUUCCCCACCCGUGACUCCGACGUGCCCACGGGAGCAGUGUUCCCUACUUUCCCACACUGUCCUGCAGUUCAGAUGUGCCCACCUGGCAGGGGAGCAGCAAGAGGGCCUGCCUGAGAUAGUUGCUCACCUGCGCCCCUCGCUGUUCACGGCAGAGGAGCCCUCUCCUGCCUCCCCAGCGCCACCAGCUCAUCUCUCUUCCAGGAGAAGUAGGCUGAUUUAACCAUUGGAGAAGAUCUUUUAGAGGAGACCCUGAGAGUUUGGGAGCCCGGGACCCCCUACCCCCCAAUCAGCCAGUGUUUGGACAGGAGGGCCGGUGCUGCUCUGCAGCCAGUACUUUGGCUUAGCCCAGACGCAGCCAGGCACUUUGCACUAGGGAGAAUCAGCAAUCACCUUUCGGAAGACUCCUAUGGACCACAGACAUUAUGGAGGAACAGAUUUUCUAAGACGCAACUCAGUUUUAUAACUUAAUCAUGGCUGCACCAUAUGUGGUUAACUUGCGGUUUGAAAGGUCCCCUCAGAGCAGAGAAAGGUUUUGUUUUUGUUUUUGUUUUUAAACUGACUGCUUUUAGUUAAAUUGAAGAAAGCAUCUUUUGUCAAAAGGUUUAAACUUUCCCACCUUGACCUUAAAAGCAUGUCAAACAAUCCACAUCAGAUGCCAUAAAUACAAACUGCGAGAGAGAAUGGUACAAUCCUAGUGAAUGGGAAUUGGAAUCAAAAGGGUUUGCUGUCCUUCUUAGAAUGUUCUAAAAUGUCAAGGCAGUUGCUUGUGUUUAACUGUGAACAAAUAAAGAUGUAUUGUUUUGCACUA